AUGGAGUUGGCGCAGGCGCGGAGGGACGAGGACUGCAGCAGCGUGGCCCAGUCGAGGUCGUGCGCGAAGGCGGAGGAGAGGGUGGAGUGGGUGAGGGAGGGGUGGCGGGCGAAGAAGGGCGCGAGGUCGUGUGAGCGGAUGGUGAAGGAGGAGAGGGAGAGGUGUUUGAGAGCGUCUGUAGGACUUGGGCACUGCGGGGUCUCUGACGAAGUUGUUGAACCUGGACGAUUGGACAAUGUGCCUCAUAUAAUCAUCCUCGGCCUCAUCCUCGCCCCCAUUCCCACCCCCACCAGCAGAGAUUCAAAUUAA